AUGAGGUUUCCUGCUUGCAGCAUCAAGAAGGAUGCUUCCCGCGUCAUCUCGUUGGAUGAAUUGAAGGCGCUCGUUGUGGCGGGCGCUGACACUGACGUGCAGUUCUUGGACACGCGCUCCUCUGACGAAUACACGGGUGCGGCGGCCCAUGGCAACGCCCGACCCGGUCAUGUGCCUCGCGCACUGCACCUUGAGUGGUCCGACACGCUUCAACCCAACGGGCAGUUCAAAUCCACGGACGAACUGAUCGCGCUCGUGGCGGCCGCCGGCCUCUCCGCCGACCAGCCCGUCGUCACGUACUGCCAGCGCGGCAUCCGGGCGGCCCACACGGCGUACGUGCUCGAAGAGCUCUUGGGGUUUCCUGCCGUCCGCGUCUACGAAGCGUCCAUGCUGGAGUACUUGAACCAGCCGGAUACCAAGGUCGAAAAAUAG